CUGCAGCUCUCAGAUGUUUCUUUGCACACCUAAUUGGUGAAGGUAGUGAGCAGCUUCUGCGGGUAAUGAGGCAAUUAUGUCCCAGCUCUCUUUCUACACAGCCAUCUGUCGAUUCAACAACCUGUGGCUGCUGGAAGGAGGUCUCAUGUUCAGGUCCAUGUCUUUCUGCACUACGGAGAAGGCUCGGCUUGUUUUACAACUCAGCUUUACCCGCUGCGAGCCGCGUCUCCAUAGGGACCCGAACAACGUGCACAACAAGUAUUGAGAAGGGGAAAUCAACAAAUAGCUGCAAGCCUUUCAGCUCGUUUUGUGCUCCUAAAGCAUCGUUAAAACUGUCAUGCGCUGCAGAAAACGGCCGUCCUGCUUCACCCUGACGAGGAACUCAGAUGAAUCUAGGAUCAAACAAAACUUUGAACAGCACUCUUUAUAAAACCAAAGCUGUCUCUGCUUUUCACGUCUGAGAAUUGAGAUCAUUUUAUUUUAAAUUUUUAGCUCCUAAAACAUUUUCAAAUAAUGUCACAGUUUCCAAACAUGAAUGAGGCGGAGCCAUGUUUGUGUUUGCUUAGGCAAAUUAGCCGAGAUGGUCACGGAGAUGUUGGACCAGUUCCUGUCUGGUGCAUGAUGGGAUGUUUUCCUAACAGCUCACCAACCAUGUUUGUCUUCUGUUGCAACUGGCUAAGACUAGUCUGGACUUCUUGAUUUUGACCCAAAGUUGUCGCUCAUCUGAAAACAAGUCGUGAACAACUCGGGGCUUCGUGGCAGUGCAGUUGUUAGCACUGUUGCCUCAGAGCGAGAAGGUCAAUGCUUCAAUUAAUGGCUAUGUGGCAUUAGCUGUGUGCAAAUUCAGGGGCCGCAUCCUUUGGAGGACCCGGCCCAUCUGGUGGAUUUAGGCCGACAUUCACCACAACGAGCAGAAGGCUUUGUUCGUGACGAUGCUUUGCGUAGGAAAGAAGUUGUGGCAUGACAGAGGGCAUCGUGGGUAAAAGAGACAUGCGACAGCCAGUCCCGCACCACUGCCACCUCUUCCUGGGCGGGGCCUUGCUGCUUCUCCUCGCCCACUCGGCUCUGAGCUGCCCCGCCCGUUGCGAGUGCUCUCCCCAGACCAAGUCGGUGACCUGCUACCGGAAGCGCUUACCCAGCAUUCCCGAGGGCGUCCCCAUCGAGACGCGGGUCCUGGACCUGAGCAAGAACAAGCUACGCAUCGUUACGCCAGACAACUUCUCCUCAUUCCUGCAGCUGGAGGACCUGGACCUCAGUGACAACCAGAUCAGCGUGGUAGAGCCCGGCUCAUUCCGCUCCCAGCUGGCCCUCCGCUCUCUUAACUUUCGGAGCAACGUGAUCCAGCUGGUCCCUGAAGGGGUGCUGUCCGGCCUGACAAACCUCACCCACAUCGAUCUCAGUCACAACCGGCUUGUCGUCCUUCUCGAUCACGCAUUCCAAGACUUGCGCAGGUUGACGUCUCUGGAUGUUGGAGAUAAUGAGCUGGUCUUCAUCUCUCAGCGGGCGUUUACUGGACUUCUUGGACUUCAGAGUCUGACUCUAGAACGCUCCAACCUGACGGUGAUUCCCACUGAUGCUCUGGCACAUCUUCACAAUCUGGCUGAGCUACGCAUGCGCCACCUGAGCAUCAGUUUCCUGAAGCCUUUCUCCUUUAAGAGGCUGACCCGUCUUCGUCACCUGGAGAUCGACUUCUGGCCGUGGCUGGAGACUCUGCCUCCCCUUUCUCUGCAUGGACUAAACCUCACCACGUUGUUCAUAACCAACACCAACCUCUCUGCCUUUCCUGGCGCAGCACUGCGCAGGCAGCCCAACCUCACGCACCUUAACCUGUCCUACUGCCGCAUCCAGCACAUCCACCAAGGAGAGCUGGACCAGCUCCAUCAUCUGGUGGAGCUUCGACUCCAAGGGGCUAAGCUGCUUUCCAUAGAGCCUUUGGCUUUUGUGGGCCUUAAAUCUCUUCGGCUCCUGGACGUGUCGCAGAACCACCUGGACACUCUCCAGAGGGGAGUUUUCUCCUCAGCAGACAGCCUCCAGAGGCUCUGUCUGGGUGGAAACCCGUUAGUCUGUGACUGCAGAUUACUGUGGCUCCUCAACAGCCACAAGCCUCCCUCACUGCAGAUCCUGGACAUCCAGCCUGAGUGCACUGCACCUGAGCACCUCCGGGGUAGAGCUCUGCGUGAACUAAAAGAGCCUCUGGUCUCCAGGUACAUGACCUGCACUAAGCCACGGAUCGGACCCAACGCGACCCUGAUGGCCGACGAGGGUCAGCCUGCCCGUCUGAGCUGCAGGGCAGAAGGAGCACCGCGCCCCUCCGUGGUCUGGAUCACACCUCACAGGCGCUACGUCACAACCAAAAGCAGCGGCAGGGUGGGGGUCCAGGCAGACGGCUCCCUGGAGAUCAAAGAAGCCGAGCUGCAUGACAGCGGGGUGUACUUGUGCAUCGCCAGCAACCCUGCUGGGAACGCUACCCUGUCGGCAUCUUUGACCGUGAAAAGCCUUGGAACCGGGGACAGAUUUAGCUACAGCAACAGGAGCUCAAACUACCUGAUGGACUCUAACAGCACGUGGGGGAAUGGAACUGUUCUGUACAACAUUACUGUCCCCAUCGACCUAAAGACCAUCAUCAUCUCCACGGCUAUGGGCUGCCUGUCCUUCCUGGGUGUGGUCGUGUUCUGCUUCCUGCUCCUGUUUGCAUGGAGUCGGGGAAAAGGGCGUCACAAGAACAACUUUGACAUUGAGUACGUCCCCCGGAAGUCCAACGGUGCCGCCAACGAUGCGGCGGAGACCAGCGGCCCCCGGCGGGUCAACAUGAAAAUGAUCUGAAACCGACUCGAGGCAGCGACACAUAUCAGCCGCAAAACGACAUUCUGUGGAUUUGUGACCAACGAAAGUGACGUGUUCCUGUGGUGGGUGUCGGUUUGACGGUGAUCUCGUGACAAAGUGGACGUGUGAAUAUAAAAGUGACCUAUGAAACGUGUUUAUAUGACAUCAUGUCCUCAUACAGAUAAUAAAACUAUAACCAACAUAUCAGAACAGGGCUGAGCCAGAGCUGUUUCAGCAGAUCAGGACUAAACCGUCCCAAACCCAUUUGGCUGCAGAGUGGAAGGCGUGAGUGCUGUGUCCACCGGUGAAUGUGACGCGUGCGACGCGUGUUUUUUGUGCAUGUGCACGCAUUUCCUUUCUCGUGGGAUGAAACGAUUAACGUCGGGGUUUGAAGCCUUUUUGAGGCUUUUAUUUUGUUGUGUUUUUGUUAUUGUAACCACGGUAACGUCCCUGUUGAUUAAAGCAGAGGAUUAUCUAUGUUUGUAUGCAAAACCAUAAUUAAUCACUCCUAAAGAAAUGCUGCAUACAUGUUGAAAACAUUCCCCUAUUUGACGUGAGCGUUGGACGGGGCUUUUUUAUAAAUGGACGUAGUUAGAAUCAGAUCCGUUUUGUCUGUUUCAGCCUGGUUUUCCUGAGCAGCAGCCGUCGCCACAGGACGAGGACGUUAAACCCGUUUUAUAACAUUAUAAAUCAUCGGCAGAUUUUCCUGCCGGACAAAUCCCCCGAUAUGAUAUAAAAGAGUCUGUGUCCAGACACAAAGGCGAAGAUUUACUGGCCGGCGUCCGUUUUGAACAAGACAAAGUUGAGCCUUACAGAUUUAUGUGCUGAACCCAAGCCCCCCCCCCCCAUUGUUGUUUGAUCGAACCAUUUAAAGUUAGCGUGUCCGGGUAUUUCUCCAGGGACUAACAAGGAGCUUCUGGCUGUUUCACAGGAGGCUGUUUUGGAAUUUGUACUUGAUUCUUGUUUUGUUUUAUUUAUGUUUUAAAUGUUUUGAGGGAAAAAAAAUGAAACCGUAAAACAAUUAAGGGCAAGUCUUUGUAAUGCAGGGAUGUGGGUAUUAAUUUGUGUGAUCCUGUUGUGAUAAAAUGUUCAAGGUUGUAAAGUCGUUUUCAUACGUAUGACAAAUUUAUGGGUAUAUUUUCAAAAAGGAAAUAAAUCUUAAUCAUACCCCAAA